CAGCGCGUGCACUGGGGCAGCUUCUGCAGCCCAGACAUGGAACCAGGGAUGGGGCUCCCCAGCUUUGGAAUGGGCGAUCGGACUGGAGACUUGAGGUUUCUCAUCCUCUCGGUGGGGGACACGCCUACAGGAGAAAACGGAGCCACAAGACUUCCGGGCCCCCAGCCCCCGGCCACCUCCUCCAGCUCCACCAGGAGGACACCCAGGCAUUCGCAGGCCAGCAGUGAGACGUAACCUCUCCAGCCUGACCGAGGUCUGGACACGCCCGGAACAUCUCACCAGGGAGGCGUCCGGAUGAGAUGCCCGAGCCCCCUCAAGUGGCCCCUCCAGGAGAAGGGGGUGCAUGUCUGAAGGGGAAUGCCACUGAAAGGUUUGGGAACCACGGAUCGACCGCAUCCUACUUGGACCGGUUUUCCUCGGUGAGCUGCUGCCCUGCGAUCCGUCAUUCCAUAGCGACAUCCCAGCCCCAAUGGGGAGGCUGAGGAGUGAGCAUCCCACCCUCCUCCCCCCGUCUUAAAAAGAGUGACCACCGUCCCGGUCCGCCAAUCCAGAGGAACCACCCCAGAUGUCGUCUCAUUGUCCAGGGACUUAAGGAACUCUGAGGAUCUUCUUGAGCACCUUGCCAACCUCAACCCCAGAUCCAGGAGAGCCCACCGUGGGGUCCCACCUUGGGGUCCCCAGGCUGCUUCCUCAUUGGAAGUCGAAGUGUUGCCUCCACCGGUCCGCAACAUCUGGAGUCAAGCAUCCAAAGCAAGCUUCAUAGAUGAAUGCUUGGGUGCGCUUGGUGUGGAAGAACAGCUUCUGGAUGACCCGGAACGCUGUCAUCAUCUCCUGGAUCCAACGUGGGGGGUCUUUUGACUUCACGCUUGAGCGUCCCUCAAGUGGAGUGGAAGCUGUGAAGUGUCCAGAUACUUUUGCGCAUCGCGGCUAGCCAAGGCAGACAAUUGGCGCCUUUGUCAGCAGACCACCGCGAGAUGCAUUCACUGACACUCGGAACACAACAAGGAAAACACCAGUCGGCGGCUUGCGGUUCUAGAAUGACAUAGAGGGUGGGUGGGGGCGAUGUGAGCUGCAGGGACACAAGAAGAAGAAGAAGAAGAAGAAAAAGAAGAAGAAAGAGGGCGAGCAGGCAUCGACGACGCGCUUCCGGACCUUCAUUAAUUUCCCCGCCAUUGGACAUCCACAGCGCGGCAACGAUGCUCAUCAAGGAAUUCCGUGUGAUUCUUCCGAUCUCAGUGGAAGAGUACCAAGUGGGCCAGCUGUAUUCCGUGGCCGAGGCCAGCAAGAACGAGACGGGCGGCGGCGAAGGCGUGGAGGUGCUAAAAAAUGAGCCCUAUGAGAAAGAUGGCGAGAAGGGACAGUACACGCACAAAAUCUACCACCUGCAGAGUAAAGUUCCAUCAUUCGUCAGAAUGCUGGCCCCCGCCUCGGCCCUCAACAUCCACGAGAAAGCCUGGAAUGCAUACCCAUACUGUCGCACAGUCAUCACUAAUGAAUACAUGAAGGACAACUUCCUGAUCAAGAUCGAGACAUGGCACAAACCCGACUUGGGACAUCUGGAAAACGUGCACGGCUUGGAUGCAGAAACCUGGAAGAAGGUGGACGUGGUCUACAUCGACAUUGCGGACAGAAGCCAAGUGGAGCCCAAGGACUACAAGUCCGAGGAGGAUCCCUGCAGGUUUAAGUCCAUGAAGACAGGGCGAGGCCCUCUAGGACCAGACUGGAGGAAGGAGCUCCCCAACAAGAAGGACUGCCCACACAUGUGUGCCUACAAGCUGGUCACGGUCAAGUUCAAGUGGUGGGGCCUGCAGAACAAAGUGGAGAACUUCAUACAAAAGCAAGAGAAGCGUUUGUUCACCAACUUCCAUCGUCAGCUCUUCUGCUGGAUCGACAAGUGGAUCGACUUGAACAUGGAGGACAUCCGCCGCAUGGAGGAGGAGACGCGCAAGGAGCUGGACGAGAUGAGAGUGAAGGACCCCGUCAAGGGCAUGGUGGCGCUGGAGGACUGAGGGCCGUCCAGACUGUGAAUGCUGCUGCUCAUCAGACGGUACACGGAGACACCAGCGGAUUCACAUCCUCCUCUCAUCCCGACCUGACGCUACAAACCGGCCAGCCGGUCCCAACGCCGACCCUUUCCCACCCCAUCCCUCGGUACUGUCUGGUUUUCAGGGACGUGGACCCGCUAGACUCCUAGUCUCUCGCCUCCUUUGGACGCACUGAGGCGUCCGGUAGAUCCAUCCAUCCAUCAUCCAUUCUUUCAUCCAUCCAUCAUCCAUCCAUCCAUGGAAUCAUCACCACAGAGAGCCGUGUUAUUCAUCUGUCAGAAAUGUAGGAUUUAAAAAAUAUUCCAAUGUUGUACAUACAGAAACACCGUAAGGCGGGGGGGAAGUCAUUGUAUUGAAUAAUGCAGUAUUUAUAUACUGUACAUAUAAAUAUAUAUAUAAUAUAUAUAUACAUAUAUAGUAUAUUAACAGGGUUUUUAAGAUGAUUUUGUCAGUGAGUUUAUCUGUGGACUUUUUACCCACCCGCCUUUUUUAUUUCAUUACGUGGUAGCUUUACUUCCUUUUGUGUCGUAAAAACGCACGUCUCUUCGUUUUCAUCCCCUGGCGUCACUUCCGAGGGCAGGCAUUGGCUUCUAUUCUGCUGCUGUGGCGUGCUUUGGCGUGCUGUGGCGUGCUGUGGCGUGCUGUGGCGUGCUUUGGCGUGCUUUGGCGUGCUGUCAUUAAAAGGUGGCGCAAACUUCACAUCUCCAGCCUGCUUUCCACUCAUUGAGGAGUUGAAGGAACCAGGAAAAAGCAGCUUUUGCCGCCCUGCUGGCGUCGGGCCGGGGGUGUCCAAAGUGUGGCCCAGAAGCCAUUUGCGGCCCACAAAUUGUAAAAAUAUAAUUUAAGGAGGAACAGCAAAUAAAUAUACAACAACAGCAAAAAUGGAAAAAUCUUAAUCAUUGAACAGGAAUAAAGUUAAAGAAUAAAGAUAUUAAGAGAAAAAUGGUGAUCUGAUGAGAAAAAGAUCAUUUGAAGAGAAUAACGUCUAGCCCACGCCAAGCCACAGUUCAACUCUCAACCCCAACUUCCUGUCACCUAGCGUUGGAACACGUAUACAGCAGCACACGAGCACAACUCUUAUUUAUGUCUUAUUUUCUCUUAUCAUGUUUAUUACGUUGGCUAAUAGGAGUGUAAAGGUGACUAUGGGGCUGUUAUAUCAUGUCUAGAGGGCUCUAAUGAUGUUAAAUGGUACAUUUUCAAUGUUUGCUGUUGCUUAUUUGUGUACUGUUCUUGCUAAAUAGUACUUUUACACUGAAAAGCAAAUCGUAAAUGCCCUCGGGGGCCGCACUUUGGACACCCGUGGUAUCCGUGGAUCAGUAUCAGUGUUCCAGACUGGACCUCUGGGUGGAAACGCGGCAUCUCUCCAGUGGAUAAACGCUCUUAUCCAGCGAUAGCAAUAACUGCCAUGAUCCUUUCCAGAGCUCACGUGUUGCUGGUCUUGAUGCUGCUCAUGUUUGUCGUGGUGGUCGGUGUGGUGCAUGAGCGUAUACGCUACGUGCAUGCGUGGCGUUUCAUGGCGUGACGUGUUCACCACGUCCGGGGAGGGAUGAUGAUCUUGCAACCUCGGUUUUAGUUUCUUUUGUUUUUGUUAUUGUUUGUUUUGUUUUCCCUUUGUUCCCUGCGUUGUCACAGUCGGUGUCAAUCAUUCACAUGACAGCCAAAAAGGUCACUUCAAGGAUUCAUCCAUAUGGAUCAUUUAAUGCUGACUGGUUAUUAUAUAUGUAUAUAUUCAAUACGUCAUGACUUGUAGGUGACCACACACACACACAUUCAUAUAUAUAUAUGUGUGUGUGUGUGUGUGUGUACACACACACAGAUAUGGACCCACAGAUAUGGAAAUCUACCACAACAGAGGGUCAUAUUAUCUGAAAUAUUGAUAAAGUUGGAAAUUUCUGAAAAAAAUCUUGUAAUUUUACGAGAAUAAUGUAAAUUUAUGGGCCAAAAAAUGUUAAUAUUAGGUGAAGAAAUGUGUAAAUUGAGGAGAAUAAAGUCUGAAAUUUAUGAUAAAAAUCUUGUAAUAUUUCAACAGUAAUGUACAUUUUGGGGGGAAAAUAUAAUAUAAUAUAAAUAAAAUAUAAUAUUAAAAGAAUAAAGUUGUAAAUUUAUUUGAAAUAACUUGUAAUCGUAUGAGAAUAAAGUUGUAAAUUCAUGUCAAUAAAGUUGUAAAUGUAUGAGAAAAAUCCCGUAAUAUGAGAAGAAUAAAGUCGUAAAUAUAUUUGAAAAAACUUGUAUAAGUGAAUAAAGUUGUAAAGUCAGCAGAAUAAAAUCAUAAUAUCACGGGAAUAAAAUCGUAAAUUUUUUUUUCUUCCUGUAAAUUUACGUCUUUUUUCGGUUAAUUUUAUUUACUUUAUUUAUUUAUUAAUUUUAUUGUCAUAAAUUUACAAAUGUAUUCUCGAAAAGUUACGACUUUAUUCUCGUAAUAUUCCGACUUUUUCUUGUAAAUUUACAGUUUGAUUCUCGUGCUUUUUCAACGUCUGACUUUAUUGUCGUAAUAAUACAAGUUUUUUCUCGUAAAUUCACGACUUUGUUCUCAAAACGUUUUUUCUCCAAGUGGUCCUAUACUCCGUCGUAGAAGUCAAUGUCCUGCCGCUCACGAAAAGAUGAUUCUGCUCUUGGGGAUGUUUUUCCGCUUGUCACCACACGGGGCGCUGCGGUGCGCCCGGGGCGGGACACCACAUUUUCAAGCAAUCAGUAUUUUUGUUGUAAAUGUUGUGUUAGCGAUGUUGUCCGUCUGAACUCGGCAGGGGACGUCUAAUCGAUCCAGUGGAAGAUAGCAAAACGUUCAAGGCCACGAUGACACCAAACAAAGCAAACACGGGAAGCUUUUUAGCUCCGUCUUGGACUUUUUCCUCUCUCACUCUCAUUAGCGUGCCCCCCCCCCCCCCUUGCUUUUUGUUCUUAUAUUGUGGAUUUGUGCCUUUUUUUGUCAUCUUAAUCUUCCAAUAACACAAACUGUACAUUGGAGACAUGAAUAAAAACAAUUAA